AUGGAUGUAAUGAGGCCCUUGAUAAAUGAGCAGAAUUUUGAUGGGACAUCAGACGAAGAACAAGAGCAAGAGCUUCUUCCUGUUCAGAAGCAUUACCAACUUGAUGGUCAAGAGGGUAUUUCAUUUGUACAGACUCUUAUGCAUCUUCUUAAAGGAAACAUUGGAACAGGCCUUUUAGGACUUCCAUUGGCAAUAAAAAAUGCAGGCAUAGUGCUUGGACCAAUCAGCCUUGUGUUUAUAGGGAUUAUUUCUAUUCACUGUAUGCACAUAUUGGUACGUUGCAGUCACUUUCUAUGUCAGAGGUUUAAAAAGUCAACCUUAGGUUACAGUGACACUGUGAGUUUUGCUCUGGAAGUAAGUCCUUGGAGUUGUCUUCAGAAGCAAGCAGCUUGGGGACGGAAUGUGGUUGACUUUUUUCUGGUGAUAACACAGCUGGGAUUCUGCAGUGUUUAUAUUGUCUUCUUAGCUGAAAAUGUUAAACAAGUUCAUGAAGGACUCCUGGAGAGUAAAGAGUUUAUUUCAAAUAGUACCAGUUCAUCAAAUCCAUGUGAGAGAAGAAGUAUUGAACUAAGGAUGUAUAUGCUUUGCUUUCUUCCUUUUAUAAUUCUUUUGGUCUUCAUUCGUGAUUUAAAGAAUCUGUUUAUACUGUCAUUCCUUGCCAACAUCUCCAUGGCUGUCAGUCUUGUGAUAAUAUACUAUUACGUUGUUAGGAACAUGCCAGAUCCCCACAACCUCCCAAUAGUGGCUGGUUGGAAGAAGUACCCACUCUUCUUUGGUACUGCUGUAUUUGCUUUUGAAGGCAUAGGAGUGGUCCUUCCACUGGAAAACCAAAUGAAAGAAUCAAAACGCUUCCCCCAAGCACUGAAUAUUGGCAUGGGAAUCGUCACAACUUUGUAUAUAACAUUAGCUACUUUAGGAUAUAUGUGUUUCCGUGAUGAAAUCAAAGGGAGCAUAACUUUAAAUCUUCCCCAAGAUGUAUGGCUAUAUCAAUCAGUGAAAAUUCUAUAUUCUUUUGGGAUUUUUGUGACCUAUUCAAUUCAGUUCUAUGUUCCUGCAGAGAUUAUUAUCCCUGUAAUUACAUCUAAAUUUCAUGCUAAAUGGAAGCAAAUUGGCGAAUUUGGAAUAAGGUCCUUCUUGGUCAGUAUUACUUGUGCUGGAGCGAUUCUUAUUCCUCGUUUAGACAUCGUGAUUUCCUUUGUUGGAGCUGUGAGCAGCAGCACUUUGGCCCUGAUUUUGCCACCUUUGGUUGAAAUUCUUACAUUUUCUAAGGAACAUUACAAUAUAUGGAUGGUCUUGAAAAAUAUUUCUAUAGCAUUCACUGGAGUUGUUGGUUUCUUAUUAGGUACAUAUAUAACUGUUGAAGAAAUUCUUUAUCCAUCUCCCAGAGUCACAGCUGGUACUCCACAAAGUCCCUCUCUAAAUUUGAGUUCAACAUGCUUAACAUCUGGUUUGAAAUAGAAGCAUAAUUAUAGUCUUC